UUGCAGAUUCAACAGACCAACAUUACACAUGUUUACAACUGAGACACCACAGAACAGGUUUGAAGAAAUUCAGAAAAAUCCCAGUAUAUUCUUCAAAAACAAUAAUGAUAUCGAGGUUAAAGAUAAAUCAUUGACUGUUACAAUGAAACCUGAAGACACAUAUGAUGAGGAUUAUGAAGGCUUCAAUAAUUUAGAGGAAAAUAAAGUUGACGCCAAUGAUGAAAAGGAAAAAGGAAAUUCUGAUGGUGAUGACAGAAAGAAAUCGAACAUAGAUUCAGAUUUGAAAGAUAAAGAAGAAGAAGCAGAAAAUGAUUCAAAACAAAAUGAGACAAAUAGAAUUGACAUUAAAAACAAAACUAAUGCUAAUGAAAAAAGUAAAGAAGAUGUUACAGAUAAAAAUGAAAAAGAUUACUACAGAGAAGAAAGGGUAAGAAUAUUUAAUAAGCAAGACGAUAAAACUAAAAAAACACCAACAGAGGAAACAGUAGAAGAGGAAUCAACUGAAAAGAGCAAGAAAGAGACAAAAGAGACUCAAGAAGAUGAGGAAAAAGUUCAUCAUGAAAAUAUUGACAUGAACAUCAAAGAAACAUCAGCGAUAAAGAUAUUAGAAGAUGUGGCAAGAAAAAUGGACGAGGAAACAGAUGAAAAUAAAAUUAAAGAAAAUGCAGGACAAAAAUCAGAGGAAGAAGGAACCAAAAAAGUAAACAAAAGUGGUUCUGAAGAAGAAGGAAAGAAAGAAAGUUCUUCUAAUUCUAAUUCAGAUCUUCAGAGUGAAGGUGAAUUAGCCUUGAAAAAGUUUACUGAAGAAAUUCUAAAAGAUGUUGAAUUAGCAAAGAAAGCAGCAGAACAUGCAGCUAUUGCUGCUCAAAGGAUUGCACUCUCUGCAGCAAGUGCAACAAAAAAGGCGGGUGCAGAAGCAGUGAUUGCAAUUAAAAAGGCAGCAAAGGAAGCAGCUGCCAUAAUAAGGGAAGCAGCAAAUAUAAGUAAGAAAAAUGAGACUGUUGAUAUAACAGUGAAACCCAAAGAAAGCAAUAUUUCUGGUGAAAAAUCCUCAAUUAGUAUUCAAAUAAAAGCUUCCACAGACUAUGCUACUUCACAGAAUGACUCAAAUUCCACAACUCCAAAUACAAACUCAAGUCUGAAAGUCACGAUGGCAAGUGAUGAUUUAGCUGUAAAAUCAGGUGAUAUCUUGGUGCCUGUAAUUAAUAUUACUGACAUGUUUCCUAAAGCAAAAGUUGAACUCUUUCCAACCCCAGAUAUGAAGUUAAAUUUGACCAAUAGUUCAUCUUUGGGAGAAACUGUUGAAAACUCAAAUUUACUUCAAAAAAUUAAUUCAAAGAACAUCUCUGACAAAAAUAAUGAUACAAACCUGAUCACAACAAACUCCUCAGCAAUAGAAAAAAAUUUGACACAUGAAAUUGGUAGGAAUGUUUCAAAAGCCGAAUUAUUAGCAUUAGUGAAGAAUACAUCAUCAGCCAUGAUUGCAGCAGAAAAGGCUGCCAACAAAGCAAGAGAAGUUGCAGAAAAGGCUGUUUUAGAAGCAAAGAAAUCCCAAGACAAAGCUGAACUUGCUUCCAAGAAAGCCAUUGAUGCAGCUGUUGCUUUAAAAGUGGCAGAGGCAUCUGCUUCACGUUCAAAGCAAGCUGCGUCUAUUACAACCAUAGGGGAUAAAGAUCUGUUAGGGCUUAGAACUGUGGGGUUUCGUCUGAUAGAUUCUGAAAUAUAGAUAAUGGAAUGUUUA